AUGACUGAUAUUGAAGAAAAGCCUAUAUUAAAAGUUGAAGAGCAAAAGGACUAGCGUGGGGUAUGUUAUAUAAGUAAUGUUCCACCUUAAAUGCCUAUAAGUAAAAUAAGGGAACUGCUAUAACCAUAUGGUAUAGAGCGAGUAUAUUUUAAAAGUAAAGGAUCUGGAAAUAAUAGAAGUUACAGUGAAGGGUGGGUUGAAUUUAAAGAUAAAAAGAUUGCUAAAAUGGCAGCUUUGUCAUUGAAUGGGACUAACAUCAGUAACUAUUUUGGAAUAAUGUUUUAGUUUAGAAGAAACAUAAAUAAUUAUCAGAUUAUAUGUGGUCAAUAAAGUAUUUGGCAGGAUUCAAGUGGGAUGAUUUGAAUGAGAAUUUUAAUUAUGAGAGGAGAGUGUAAAAGAAGAAAUUGGAUUUGGAAAUAAACUAAUCAAAGAAAGAACAUGAGUUUUAUUUAGAAAAAACAAUAAAAAAAAAAGUUAAAUAAUAAUGA